UACGUGAAGGUGCGUCCACGACGUGCUUACCGUGCCAUUCACACUUACAGACGGUACUCUGUUGGCAAUCGAAACAACCAACCACCUGCUUCGUUCCGAGUCGCUCGAUCUUGGAAAGAACGGUGCAUACGACGGACUUACAGUGGUGAACACGGCAAAAAAGCCAAACACUACGGGAAACGGCAACAGGGAUUUGUGUUGGCACCAUUUCUCCGUAAACAACAAUUGCACGCAACCCGUCAUGACACGGCAACAAGUGGUAUCCGUCGAGCAGUGUACGUCCUCGUCACCCACCACGUUGUUGUCGUCGUCGUCAUCGUCCCUCCCCGACAGUGCCGACACCCGUCACACUGCACGGACAAUCCCGAAGCGUCCCUUGGCAAUAGCCGAGGCCUUUGUGCCUCCGCUGUCCUCCGUCAAGAAACGAGCCACCGACUCGGACGACAACGACACUCCCGUCGUGGCCGCCGUCAAGCUUGAAACGGUGGCGAUGUCUGGUUCCAGUGAUACCGACGUUGCAACGCCAGCGGCAAGAACCAUUGCCGUUACCGAAGAGGCGCAACCCGUCCAUACGAAAGAGUCGACUCACGCUCCGGAAGACCGCACCAGUAAAGAUUACUACUUUGAUUCCUACGCACAUCACGGAAUUCACGAAGAAAUGUUAAAGGAUGAAGUGCGGACGAGAACAUACGAAAUGGCUAUUCUGCAAAACCGCCACUUGUUCCAAGAUAAGAUUGUUCUGGACGUUGGCUGCGGCACGGGCAUACUGUCCAUGUUUGCCUCACAGGCCGGGGCCAAGCACGUGUACGCCGUCGAUUGUUCGACAAUUGCGCAUCAAGCGCGGCUCAUUGUCGCCAAGAAUGGCUUUGGCGAUAAAAUUACCGUCAUUCAGGGAAAAAUUGAGGAAAUCGACCUCCCCGUAGCGCAAGUGGACAUUAUCGUGUCGGAAUGGAUGGGUUACUUUUUAUUGUACGAGUCCAUGCUGGACACGGUUUUGUUUGCCAGGGAUAAGUGGCUCGUAUCCGGUGGGGUCAUUUUUCCGGACAAGGCAAUCAUGUACUUGACGGCCGCCGAAGACAGUCAAGUGAAACACGAUCGAUUCGACUUUUGGGACGAUGUUUACGGCUUCGACAUGACGGCCAUUAAAGAUAUUGCCAUUAAGGAACCGGUAGUGGAUGUCAUUGAUCCUAAAGCCCUCGUCACAGACUCGGUACCAAUUCUGACCCUCGACAUUUUGACCUGCACUAAAGACGAUUUACAGUUUACGUCCAAAUUCAAGCUCCAGGCCCAGCGCAACGAUUUCAUUCACGGCUUGGUGGCCUACUUUGAAUGCGCGUUUACGCAAGUCCACAAACCGAUUGGCUUCUCGACGGCACCGUUCGCUCGCUACACUCACUGGAAACAAACCAUCUUUUACUUACCACGGGAUGUCACAAUUUGUGAAGGAGAAAGCGUCCAAGGGGAAAUUACGUGUAAACCUAACGUACGCAACCCGCGCGACCUCGAUAUUGGCCUGUCGUUCGACUUUGCAGGCCGACAUUGCAAGAUUGCCGAAACCAUGAACUAUCGACUGAGAUAA